CUCGCCAUGUCGUCCGUACUGCACUCUUCCCGAAAGUCCCCCGCCACCCCCUUCGUCAUCCAUUUGGAACGACCUCCGCUACAAACCACCCGUUAGCUAAAGGGAAGCAACAAGUCCCCCAGGCCAUGUGACAGCAACGAGCAUGUGACGAUUCUCCAUCGCCCUUUCCACAAAGCAAUAAUGAAGUAGUGAGAAAACUGGACCAAAUAUAUUCUUCUAGCAAUAAUUUUUCUGGGUGUGCGCAUGUCAGAAAAAAGUGAUUCAGAAGGCAUAAGUGUAAAUAUUUGCGCGUUUUGUGUUACUCAAGCCGCCAAAAUGUGCCUGUCAUUUCCCCUGCACCAAGCAGUUCUCGCGAAUCUUCAGGGCUGAAAAUUUGUUUGGGGACAGCAGCGAAGGCCAUCGAUUGGAGGCGUAUUCGCAAACAUCGGAGUGAAGCUGAAGUAGGAAUGUUUGUUAUUAGCAACGAUUUUUAUUUCAUCGUCAGAAGCAAAUUCUUUUGAAUGUGCAAGAAAUAUUUUAACAGUAAUGAGCAUGUUUGCCGGAAGACGGUAAACAGAGAAAGUUUUCUGGCCUUUCAGUCUGAAAUAGUGAAGCAGUAUUGGACGGAAUAAGUUGCAUUUCCACAAUUAUUGUUUCCACGACCGACAUCUCAGCUCCCUUAAGAAACCUGAAUAAUUCACGAUUUUUUUUAUUUGAAGAAAGAAUAAUUGUGUUAGUACUUCGAUAUUUGCUUUUGUUUAAUCAAAUAUUCUAAAAUAACUUUUCUGCUAAAAUUUUAAGCAAAUGCCAUUUUGAUUUUUAUUUGACUGAAUUUAUGCACUUCUGCUUAUGCUUCCGAUUUGAUCUUUUUCCCACUUUUUUUUUUUUUUUUUACCUUGAAUAUUAAAUAAUUUUAGUUCAAAAGGUGGAUUAUUUACAAUAUACAUUCAAAAAUGCUGAAAGUGCUUCUAUGCAGAAAAGAGUAUGAAUAUUUUUACUGAUGAAGAUAUUUCAUAUUGAAUUAUCGCUUUUUAACUUAAUCCAAAAUAAUAAACAUGAUGCAAUUUUGCUUAAGUAUGGAAAUUUUAUCGCAUCUUCUCCUCAGGAGAUCAUUGAUGUAAUGUCAUUUCAUAGAUGCACAUCAUAGAGACGUUUAAAAAGUCAUUUCUCAUCACUAGAAAAGUUCAUUGAAGUGUGAUAUUUCCAGACAUAUUUGAAAAGUUCUGCUUCAUUUGAAACACACUGUACCUCCAGCAAUAAACCCGCAAAUGAUCAACGAAUCUAUACAAUUCACUCAUUUCAAUUUGUCCUGUCUCUGAACAGUUGUUUUUAAAUAGAUUGCCCUGAAAUUAUGUCCAGCAUUAUUUUUCUACCACGUUUAGCAACACGAAGCGAUUCUGGAUUACUAAUCUGUGGUGAGUCGUAUUAGACUGACGCAUCUCUCCAAAUAAUUUACUACAAGUUUUACCGAGCCGUGUUUGAGACAGAAUUGUGCUCCGGAUGAAUUAAAUGUCAUUUAUCAUAAAGACAAAACUCCAUUUCGAUUUCAUAUUUGUAUCCAUUGUCCUGACAAGUGAAUUGUGCCUCGAGUUCUAUAAGUUCACAUCAGAUAUUUCCUAAAGACUCUGAGAAAAAAUUCCUUUUAUCAUUCGCCUGAGUGCUUUCGAUAGGUGCGGAAGAAGUUCGGUACGUUCACAAGCCAUUAAGAAACUGCUGAUGGCUCAUUCAGUGUGUUAUCUGUGAUUUCUUCUAGUUCUCCAGUACUAACAGAUUGAAACCCCGACGUUGAUCCAUCAAAUAACUACAUCAUCAACAUAACUCCUGUUCCAAAUUGUGAUCUUGCUGCUCAAAAAUGCCACGUUCCUUCCUGGUGAAGAAGGUGAAGCCCCCUGUCGAUCACAAUAACAGGUGGCCAUACCACGAGACCGGAGACGAUUCUUCAAUCACGACGCCAGAGUUCACCAUUCACUACACAAGUGGGUACCUCUACGACGUACACCCUGCAGAUGGUUACUUGACGGAACAGGCGGGUUCCGCCAAGAGCCGCGGCACUCCUUGGAUCUCCUUCGACGAUUCCUCUUCCUCAGAUUCAUCUUCCUUCAAGAAGCAGCCUCCUUCGCCAGAAGAAGAAGAGGAGGAAGAGGAACCAACAUCAGACUCGUCCUCCUGGAGUCUGAGUGCGCCUUCUUUCCCCGACGACGGUCGUUCUGGACGACGGAAGUCCACCACUGUGCCCUCCCACCGCCACACGUGCGGCGAAUGCGGCAAGCAGUACGCCACUUCCUCUAACUUAUCGAGACACAAGCAAACGCACCGAAGUCCCGACUCGCAGCUGGCCAAGAAGUGCCCCACCUGCGGGAAGGUCUACGUGUCAAUGCCCGCACUGUCGAUGCAUGUAUUGACACACACACUCAAUCACAAGUGCGGCGUGUGUGGUAAAGCUUUCUCCAGGCCCUGGCUGCUGCAGGGACACAUGCGCUCGCACACGGGCGAGAAACCAUUCGGCUGUGGCAGAUGCGGCAAGGCCUUCGCCGACAGAUCCAACCUACGGGCUCACGUACAGACGCAUUCUGGCAUUAAGCUGCACCGUUGCAGAAAGUGCAGAAAGGGAUUUACGCUGAAAUCGUAUCUUCACAAGCACUUUGAAUCUGCUUGCUACCGCCUGGAAGGACUGGUAGAAGAAGACGAUGAUGAAGAAGCCUAGGACUUGAUGACCAUCCCCCGCUGUUUUGUUGCUACGGUUACAGAAGUACAAUGUCUUUUGGUAAAAAUUCCUUUCUUUUGAACUGUAAAAUCUGAUCAGCAUCUCUGAGUCAUACUCUCGAGCUGAAAGAUGCAUCCUGCAUUCAUAAAUUUGAAGAGAUACUGAUCGUCCUACGCAGUAUCAGUAACGUACCUGAUGAAAAUUUAUCAACGUGAAGGAAAAUGAUUAAGUGAAAUUAUGGAUGCGCAUUAUGUUAAACAGGAAGAGAGAUGAUGCUUUUGAUUAAAUUCUUUAAUUUAAUAAGAUGAAUCAAAUACUUCUUUUAAAGUUUUAAAUAUCCAGCACCUUUUUUUGAAAUUUUUAGUUUUCUUUUCCUACCAUACAUAUAUGAAAUGAAAAAAAAAAGACUUUGCGUCUUAUUUAAGUUGAUGACUUCUCAAUUUUUGAUGAUCAUUUCUCAAAUGACCAUUUCAAUCAGCCAGCAGAAUACCUCGAUCAUAGAAAUUUACUUGAACUCGCAGAUGAUAGUUUUUGAUUCUUAAAUUUAAGUAUUCUCGGAUUUUUUUUUUUUUUUGAAACAAUGAUGAAUUUAUUUUUUUAUUCCUAUCCAUAUAAAAAAGAUGGUUUUAAAUUUGUCACUCUAAAAUCCACAAAUGAAGCUGAGCUGUAAUACGUGCAUGAGAAGAAAUUCGAGAUUUUCUCAUCUAAAAUUGUUUGAAGUUCGUUUAACUGUAUUUGUUUUUAAGUUAAGAAAAGCAUUAAAGAGACGGAUUAAUCUGUUUUUAUUAAUUUAUUUUUUUAACCUAUGCAGAUACAAAAGGGGUAAAUGAAAGAAUAUAUUUGCAACUGAAAUCAAUUUUUAAAAAUUAUUUAAAAUGCCCAGUAAAGUUGUUUUUCGUUGAACCAAAGUUCCAUGUUGUGGAUAUCUGAAUCAUUCUGUCCAGAAAGAAGAUCUGAAGAUUUCUCAUCCACAUCUUCGCUUCAUUUACCCCCUGAUUUCUGAAGUCGAUGCUGAGAAUGUAGAAUGUAACUUCCACUCUGUCAUUGCACGACUGAAGGACAAGUUUGCCUCCUGAAUGAAAUUCAGUGAGUCUGAAAGACAUUUCUUUUUAGAAAAGCGGUGCUGUCUAUAGAGAUUAGAUGUUGCACCCUUUAGUUUAGUCCUUUAGAGCGGAGCUCAUCGAUGAAUAGCAAUAAUUGUAUUCAUAGCAAUAAGGAAGGAGGAGGUCGAGGUAGCGGCGAUUAGCAUAGCAGGUCUGGUGGAAGUCACGGUUGUAGUGAGCAGGAAUGAAGCGAAUCUGUGGCGAUAUCAUUGAUUCUGAAUAAAAAGGAUUAAAGAGUGAAAUUUAUGGAUUAGUAUAAAAUGUUCUUCAUGCAGAUCUUUUCCAGAAACAAUCGCUGACAGCUGAAUUUAAGAACCUUAUGAGUAUCUGUCAUGGAAAAGAAACUGAGAUUAGUAUCAGUUAAAAUCGGUCUAACUUUUGUAGUUUCUGAGACCAUUUGUCUGCUUCUGCAGAAAAAUUUAUUUAAAAAAGUUUUCAAAUUGUUGUAGUCAUUAAAAUUGAUUUAAAAUAGAUAUGAUUACGCAGAAGUAUCUCAGGUAUCACUACAAUUCUUAUAUAGAAAGAAGGAGUGGUAAAUAGAGUUUUUUAUUAGGAGUUUAAGCAAAUUCGUUUUUCAAAUUAUUUAUAAUACAUUCCAAAUUAUUUAUUGUAUUGAUCCGGGAUAAGGAAGAGCCCUUGAAAUCCAUUAAACAGAAUGAAAGCUAUAAAUUAGUUUAAGACAACUAUUUUCAAAUAGAUUUGCCUCUCAUUUCAGCAAAAAAAUGAAAUUAUCUACAAAAGUAUAGAAUAUUUGUAUUGGAAGAAAACCUUAAAAUCGUACAGUACUUGCAAAAAAAACCCCCUCUUUAUUUGAAUGUAUUUCAAAUCUAGAUUAUUUUCUAUCUUUAAACACUAAAAUAAUAUUUAAUACCAGAAGCAACUCCCACAGAUUUAGUGAUGAAUUUGUUUGUAUCAAAGUAAAUGAAAAAUGAAUCUCUUUUAUACUAUUCGUAAGUUUAAAAAUUGCUCCAAAAUUUAAAAAAAUUGUAAAAUAAAUUUAUAGCCUUGAAUAGCGAAUCUUCAAAUCUAAUCUACACUUCGCGUGACAAACGUAAGAUUAAAAGAUGAGUACAUAGUUACUUUUGAGGAAUCAAAAUAUUGUUUCUUUAAUAUCCAGAUAGAAUAGCAGACUUUCUUCGGUGUUGAAAUUGAGAAAUAAAAGGAAAUUGAAACCACGUUUGAAGAUUUCAGAUGAAUCUUUACGUAUAUUCUGGACGUUAUAUUUCAGAAUAUGCGUGAAGAUUGAAUAUGCGCGAACGUUGUAUUCAGAAUAUGCGUUAAGCUAUUGGAAAAGUAUCUAAUUUUUAACUUCUGUCACAAAUAUUCUUUGUAAUUAAAUAUUGUCUUAAAGGCAAGAGAUGUUUUAUUUCUACCGAUGAUGCUUUCAGUUUUGAGUCUCCCUCCCGCAUCAAAAGUAAAUCUGCUUGCGGACCGUGGGAUCCACCAGCCCAGAAGAGAAACAAUAAUUAUGUUCGAAACUCAUACUUGCCUCGAGAAUGACAUCACUAUUUCAAGAUAGUAUUAUUUCGAUGAUUAAGGAAAACGAAGGCGUGCUGGAAUACGAAUUCUCUCUUUUUUACAUUUAUCUGCAGCUCAUUUUAGAAACAUUUUUAUGUUUUGUAAUAAUAGGCAUCGGAAAGUAAAUAUUCUAAAGUCAGUUGCAUUGCUAAAUUAGGUAUUCCUUUCGAUGAAGGAAUUCCAAAGAAAGAGUAGAAAAAGGGAAAUAUUAAAUUAAUACUGAAUUUUUUUUUAUAUAAAAAUAAGUUCAUGUGCCUAUUUUUAAGCAAAUGUUUAUUAUUUAAAAAGAAACACAAGGCGGCCUAUAUUGAUAAUGAUUAUUUAAAAAUGCAAAAUUUUAUGGAAUUGAAGUUACAAUGGUAAAAAUGUGUCGUGAGCACGAAGAGACUGUAAUUAUUACAGUGUUAAAGAAUUAAGUACUAAUUCACGCCUUUUUUUUUACUUCAAGUAAUAAACUCAAUUUUAUUCUUUUAUCAUUUACUUUAAUAUUUUUGAUUUUUAUAGGAUUUUAUUUUAUAGUUAUUGUGAUACGAUUCUAGUCCUAUUUUGCUUGUUUUUUGUGAUAUAUAGUGUUGUGAUAUUGUAUAGUGUAUAUUGUGUAUUGUCAUUUGUCUGCUUUAAGCCAAAGAAUGUAUUCAUAUUCAUUAUUAUAUACGACUUCAAUUAUUUCUCAUGUGUGAUUUGAUAGCAUCGAAUUAAAGUUAUAAAUUGUACGAAGUUGGAGCUUCAUACAAUCUGUGCUAUGGCAGAACUUUUCACGUUUAUUGGUAGAGAACUCACUUAAAACAGAAAAAAUUAAAUGAUUUUAAGGAACUCUUUAUAAUAGGCAACGCUGUAAAAAUGCCAUUAAAAUGGCUCUUAAAUUUGGUAUCAUUUGAACCUUGAUAAGGCAGUUCUUUUGUAAUUCUAAACCUUUGGAUUUGAAACAUUUGUUUUAAAAUUGCAAAGUGAUUGCUUAAAAUAGGAUUUAUUUCUAAUUUAUUCAAAUUAAUUUAAUAAUCUGCAUUAAAAAGUUCCAUAUUUGGAAAGGAAAUUGUCUGCUAUUAUAGAGUUUUUGUAUGCAGACAAUAUAAAUUGUUCCCCUCUGCAAAAACUGAAAUAUGAAAAUGAAUUCUGUGUGUGGCAGAGAAAAUUGUAGCUGACAUGAGUUCAUAUGAAACAAAGUAUGCUGAUUUUGUUUUUGUUUAUUUAUUAUUUGACACCAAGAUUAUUUAUUAAGAAAAGUUUUACCCUCUAGCUGAAUUUCAUUCUGCAUUUUAUACUCUUUUGCCGUAAAUGUUGCGAUAUUAUUUGACAUCAUUUUACUCUAUUUCUUUAAACAUUAGCCAGAAGAUUUGAACAAAAUUGCGCUCGCCAUGCGCAAUUUUGUUCAAACGCAAUCAAACGCAUGCGCUGUAUAUCAUUAAACUACACACAUUUUAACUACUGCUACAGUAAGAAAAAUGAUAUUUCUUGCCUUAAUAUGUGACUAAAGAGUGCGGAUGGCGGAAAAUCAUCUUAUUUUGCUUUAUGUAAGAUUAAGUUAGUACUUCUAGUCAAUUUUGUAUUUUACCAAACAACUAGUCAUUUUUAAUGCUACGAAGCUUUAAAAAUGUUAAAACUAACAAGAAAAUUCUGAGUUAUUUCAUGUACUUCUGCUUUGUGAAUGUGAAGUACACAGUGGAUACAAAAUGAUGUGAGGUAUUUGGAGCCAAUUAUAAAGAAAAAAAUCUAUCAAAUGUUAGUCCACCAUAUUAUACAUACAUAUAACCUCCAGUUUUCGCCACCAUCUGUUAUAUGAUACGCAACUAGCUGACAUAAACGAAAGACCCAAUUAUAAUUUCUAUUCAAACUUUAUUUUUGCAUCAUUGGCCUAUGCAUUUCAAUGAGUCACCCUUCCAAAUAUUCUAAGAGAGCCAAUAGUUGAGUAGUAGGAUCUGCUGCAUAAGUUUAAUAUUAAUUUGUUGAGCCUGCAGUAUUAUGCGAAGCUUUAGCACUUCUAGGUUGCCAACGUUUUUUUUAAAACACCCUUUCUAGAUGACUCCACAAUCAAAAGUUGGAGAGAUUGAUAUCCAGAAAAGGCAGUGGCAACCUGCAAAGAAAUGCAUUUUAAACUAUAAAAGAAUUCCCAUGAAAUUUAAUGAAAACACAGUUCAGUAGAAAAACAUGUUCAGUAUUGAAUGAAUGUGGGAUGUUGCAGGCAAUUAGGCUGCUGUAAUUGUCGAAUUACAAAAUUUAGAAGUUAAUUUUGAGUAUCAAUUUCUGAACUUUGUUCAACUGCAGCAUCAUUUGAACCUGCUGAUGAAAAUGUCUCUAUUCUGUGUGUAAACCACAAGGAUGGCACAACAAAAAUGGGAUUAUCUGGCUAAUCGACGAUCAAAAAUUUGCGUUGAGUAACAUUGCAGCUGGUGGGAAAUGGAGUGGGACUUUUUAUUCUUCUUUUUGUUUCAAUUUUGGACUUGAUAGAUCUUUUUACAAAUAUCAGAUGUCAUUUUGAUCUCACCUGAAUAAUUGAAAUCUACAUUGCAAUUUGUUUCUUUUCUAUUCUUAAGUUAUAUUUUAUUCCUUUCAUGAUAAUUUAUUUCCCCAUAUCGAGUCAUUUUGUAGGAUAUCAAUAAAACUAUCACCUAUGCAAAAAAGCCUGUUUUAAAAUACAGAAUAAAUUAAAUGUACAUAGUUUUUGUGCCACACUUUUUUUUAAAAUAUGUACAAUUUAUAUGCCUUUCCAUUUUAAUUAAUAUUAAAUAUUUUUUGUUUUUAAUUUAUAAUUCAUUAGUUUAAAGAUUAUUAAAUCUUGAAUUUACAAAUUCCCCUAAAAAUUCUUUCCCAAAUCCAUAUGGAACCAUUCGAAAUUCAUAUGAAAUCAAAAUUUUGCUAAUUUAUAAUUAAGUUAUGAAAAUAUUGAAAUAGAGUAAUAACCCCCAGAACACAAAAAUGCACAAAUUAGAAUGUCAAGAAGCGUGUGAAAAAUCAUUCGCUAAGUUCCAUAUUCACAAAACAUGAUGCAAGUCAAGACAAUGCAGCUUUAAAUAGAAUUACUUUAAAUAGCAUUUCAAGAAUUUGGUUUAAUGAAAGUUAAAGAAUAAUAUUUUAUUUAUCUUAAGCAGCAAGAUACUUUUAAUUAGGUUCCGUUGAAAAAUGAGCAAACUUUAUCUUGAAGACAUGCAAAAAAGCUGUUUCAUCGGCAAUGUUUCUUUAGCAGAAAGACAAAAUCAUGUUCCUCCGGGAAAAAUUCUGCACUUUAUCAUCGCCGGAGGGAUUCAUGCUCCAGAACAGCGAUGUAGGCGGAUGAUCAGCUCGUAGGGUCGCUCAUGGAAUGUUUUGCUCAUUCAUCUACGGUGAUUAGCAACACAAAAAAGAUUUUUACAUUUUAUAUUUAAAGAGGAAGGAUGUAAAUAUAAACAUCUGAAUUUUCUUUAUUCAAAAUUUUCAAUUUUCUGCUUUGAAAAUACAAUGAAGAGGGGUGAGUAUGGCUUCUAAAAUUUGAUGCAAUUUUAAGGGUGAAACCUCAAAUCAAGUUUCGUUUAUUUGGGACGUUGUGAUCCUGAGCAUAUGCAUGCUUCCAGUUUGGACCAAAAAUUUCAUAUAUAUUUAUAUUUCUCUUGACAAAAGCACAUGCCUCCCAUUUAUUCUGUGUCAUUUUGCAACAACAUACACAUUUGACAAACUUCAUUCACGUUGACUGGAUAAAGUUUGGGAAUAGGGUCAAGACUGACAUUUGCAAUUUUGGUGUGAAACCUCAUACCAAAUUUUCGCUGUCUCGUUUAUUCCUUUUUUGAAUUAUGACAUCCACUAAGAAAUAGAUUGAGAGAUUCCGUAAGUUUUUUUUUAUUUAUUUAUUUAGGGAAAUCUAAAAUGUCAAAAUAGUAUAGUCAAAUUUUUUGACGAAUACAACAUAUUCUCUUUGUAUAUUUCGUACAUGAGAAAGCAAUAAAGUGCAUUAAUUUUUACUGUCCCUAUUUUUAGAAUAUAUAUGGAAACACAUCUUGUUGCACAGACUUCGGAAAGAACGAAGAUUGUUGCUGAAAUCUUCAGUAGUGCAUAAUUCACUCGAAAAGGAAUCAAAUGGCAAGAAAAAAUGCGUUGGGUGUGUUAAAAGAUUCCGAAGCAUUAAUCGAAAGACCGAUAAGUAAUAGAUCAUAUAAUUGAGAUAAGUAAGAAAAUAAAUUUGAAUAGUUCAUUUUCAAUUUGGAUAUCGCGUAACAUACUUAUGGACUGAGCAUCACGCCUAGAUCGUUGUUGAGUCGCUGCCAAGAAACGCUCUGAAGAACGAGCACUACUGACUGAGGGUUUAGGACAGCUUACGUAAAAAAAUGUACAGCACGGCAAAAAUUUCACGAAGAAAUUAGAUAAGAUUAAAACCAAUCAAAGUCUUUGAGUGUAGAGUUUGAAUUUUUAUAUAGACCAGCGGCAUUGUCGCAACAAUUUCAUACAAUCAAUGAAUAGCAAUAACAUUUCCAUUAGUGGUAGAGGUUGUAAGAAAGAAUGAAUUGUUAUUCGCAAUAAAAUGUUUGCUGUAGUAUGAUCGACCUUUAUCCUUUUGAAGAAAGCAAUAAAGAAUAGCGUUAUACAGAGACUCCAAAAUAUCAAGUCCAACAUAUAACUUUGAAAUUUUUUUUUAUUCGGUAUAUUCUAACUUUAUCUUAACUCAUGGCCAUUAAAUUUUUCUUUAAUUUACGAAGAACUAGAAAUUUUGGUGCAUCCAACAUAUUUUAAUUAGAUAUUAAUUAGAUUUGAAAUGACACUAUCUUGUUAGCAACUUUGCGAUAGUUUCGUCAUCCGUUAAGGCCAUUAGACCUUAAUUGCGUGAAACUGUUGCCAAAUUCAUAGAAUUUGGUAAACAAAAAUUCCGAAUUCUUGCUUGAAAAAAUAAAGUUUUUUAUCAGAACCAUCUGUGCAGAUCUAAUCUGAGGUGGUUCCAUUGCAUUAAGUUGCAACCAAUGAGCUAGUAAUUUUUUUUUUUAAUUCACGGCAUAUAGUUUUUGAAAAAUACAGUUAUUCUUUUAAAAAAUAAAAGGCAAGCAAUUAUUUAAAUACAAAAAUAUAUACUAUAUGAAUUAAAAAAAUAUUGCCUAUUUAAAGAAAAUUGCUGAUGAAAAUUAUAUUUUCAGGAAAAAGAGAAAUCACUUUAAUGAAACUUUGUUUAAUUGAUGAAUAAAUAAUAAUGAUCUGUCGUUUCAUAAUUAAACUUGGAAAAACCUGAGAUAAAAUACGAUCAUUAUUAACAGAAAAAUAUUCUGAAACGGUAUAAAAACAAACGCACCUCCAAAUUGCAUUAGCACUUCAUUUUAUUUUUAAAUUAGGUUUGGCAGAAGUACUUUAUUUCUUGGAAAAACUAGGAUUCCGUACUUCUCCUUUACCAAGAAACCAUCGCUGUCAGCAGGAAACAUGUUUCUUUUAGACCUAAUGAAUGUACACGAUUUUGAUCUUUAUUUAUGUAUUUUUUUAACUUGGAAGAAACGAAUAAUAUGGUUAAUAGUAACCUCAACCCAUUUGGUACUUUUCCGUUAAUCCGACAUCUGUUGUCAUAAACACAAAUGUUGAUGCGAAAAGUCCUCGUAGAAGUUGCUACGUCGUUCGCAGGGACAAGACUGUUGCCUUCGCUAUGUCCACAUUUAAAGGGUGCAAAAUUAUUAAAUUUGAAGUAUUCCUCCGGUUGUAUAACCGAAAAGUACCAAACAAUUUCUUAUCUACUACAUCCAUAAUAACAUUCAUUAUAAUCAUGUUUUACAUCGUUUGUUCGAACAAUAUUUCCAUCGUGUAAUACAGAUACUUAGAUGGUCGAUGAAAGUAGGUUCGUAGCAGAUAAAACCGUUUCAAAUGUGAUAGCUCAACGAUUCGAAAGCAAUAAACUGUUUGAAUUGUAUCAGUCAUGACUGUUUCAUAUCACUGAUGUUCUGUCUUCAUCCAGCUACAGAGAAUUUCAA